GGGAUGUUUCCUUGAUGACAGGGUCAACAAUAUGGCUCCGUCCAUGCUUUUACAGAGAUGCCGCAUUUAAAUGCUUCAUAAGUUGUUUAGUCCUUUAAAGAAACUGUUGAUUUAAAACCGUAAAGCAGCAGUGUUAACGCCGGAGCAGCAGCCAUGUCUGGGUCUAAUCCCUGGAGUCGCAGUCGAGAGAAAAUGAGACUAUUCCCUGAACUUCUUGCCCAAUGUGCAGGAGAGGCAGCAGGGUAUGGGAAGUGUGUGGCAGCUUCCACGACAGGCCGACAGGAGCUGAGGAAGGAUAUGUGCGCCAAAGAAUUUGAAGCACUGAAGACCUGCUUUACAAAUGCAGCCAAGAAAAAAGCAAAAUGAAUGGACACUGUUCUGGCUUUGUCAGAGCAUCAGCGGACCGACUUCAACUGUGAAAAGAGAAGACGUUGAAGCUCCAAGUCGACUUCUGGUGCCGGGCGGCGGCACAUCAUUUCAUCCUGAUGAUAACAAAACACUUCCUCUAUUUGUAAAUGAACUCUAAUAUGUGUGAUGUGUUGAAAAAUUACUUUUUUUUAUAACAUUAUUGAAAUGGAAACUGCAAAACCAUGAAAUACAUUAUUUAAUAUGCAAGACUGAUAUAAUUCUUUAAUAGAGGGUGAAUCUUUUACAGGGGUGAAUUAAACAUUGCUGAUAUUAGGGCUGUCCCGAAUACCACUGUUUGGGCUUCGAAGCUUCGGUGAGUAAUAUUUGAAGGUAUUCGAAGGUUCACUUAGUGGCGCGGCAGGCUGAUAUGUUCUCCUGUCUGUCUGUUUCCAUUUCCACCGUUUCAGUUCUCUACACACAAUAAACAGCAAUAUCCGUCUGAGAAUAAAUAAUAAUAAUGAAUGUUGAAUAUG